AGAAAACCAAGCUUGCAAUUAGUUUACGGACCAAAAUGCUUAAUUUAGAAGAUUAUAAACUGGAAUGUCUUCCUGAUACUUGCUUUUAUAUUCCUAAUUUCAUCACUGAAGCAGAGGAAAAGCUCUUAUUACAUGAGAUUUAUAAAACACCGAGCUGUAAAUGGACACAGCUAUCACAUAGACGUCUAAUGAACAUUGGUGGAAUUCCAAUGAGUAAAGGAAUGAUAGCUGAAACAAUUCCAAACUAUUUACAGAAUUAUGUUGAUCGAAUUAACAAAAUGAACAUUUUUCCUCAAAAUUGUCAUGCAAAUCAUAUCCUUUUGAAUGAAUAUAAAGCUGGUGAAGGCAUUAUGUCACAUUUUGAUGGACCUAUGUUUUUUCCAACAAUAUCUACAUUGUCAAUAGGUUCACAUUGCAUCCUAGAAUUUAAUAAACCACCAAAACAAGACGAGAAAUAUGAGAUUGUAAAGGAACUAAAAGUUCUUGUUGAGCCACGAAGCUUGUUGGUCUUGAAAGAUAAUAUGUAUACAGACUACAUGCAUGGAAUAAGUGAGAUAAAGGAAGAUGACUUGAAUGAUCCAUUAGUUAUGAAUUUAGAUAAAUGUGACAAGCUCAAUGAUACAAAGUUGUUGGAACGGGCUACUAGAAUAUCUCUAACAAUAAGGCACGUACCAAAAACAUCAAAAAUGAAACUAAAGUUCUUUAAAUAACACCUUAAAUGUGUGAUUAAAUCAUAUAUUUUGUAAUUUAAACAUUUUUAAUUCUUUUUUCAUAUAAAG